GCCGACUACAUGAUCUACAGAACGGCUGAGGACGGUUGCCUGGUGCCAUUAGCAAGCGGCAAGUAUGGCGGUAGCGCGAGCCGACGGAGCUGUGACUCCGGGAGAAGGAUCAGUGGUGAACUGGUCAGGGCAGGGACUACAGAAAUUAGGUCCCAACUUGCCCUGUGAAGCUGAUGUUCACACAUUGAUUCUGGAUAAAAAUCAGAUUAUUAAACUGGAAAAUCUAGAGAAAUGCAAACAGUUAAUACAGUUGUCAGUGGCUAAUAAUCGGCUGGUUCGGAUGAUGGGCGUGGCCAAACUUACUCAACUCCGGGUGUUAAAUUUACCUCAUAAUAGUAUUGGCUGCGUGGAAGGACUGAAGGACCUAAUCCAUUUGGAAUGGCUGAAUUUAGCAGGAAAUAAUCUGAAGACCAUGGAGCAAAUCAAUAGCUGCACAGCGCUACAGCACCUGGACUUGUCGGACAAUAGCAUACCCCAGAUAGGUGACCUGUCAAAACUGGUGUCUUUGAAGGUAAGGGGUCUUCUGUCACCUCUUAAAAUGAUCACAAAUAAAAAGUUACUAAAGAUGUGGUCUUAUUGGCAUAAACUCAGCCUGCCAUAUAUUAUCUCGUUCUUGGCCUCUCUCAGUGAGUUGGAGCAGUUGUCAAUCAUGAACAAUCCUUGUGUGAUGGCAACACCGUCCAUUCCAGGAUUUGACUAUCGGCCGUACAUUGUCAACUGGUGCUUAAACCUCAGAGUACUGGAUGGAUACGUGAUUUCUCAGAAGGAAAGUUUGAAAGCUGAAUGGCUUUAUAGUCAAGGCAAGGGACGAGCAUAUCGGCCUGGCCAGCAUAUCCAGCUUGUGCAGUACCUGGCUACAGUCUGUCCUCUUAUUUCUGCACUGGGCCUUCAGACUGCAGAGGAUGCCAAACUCGAGAAGAUUCUGAGUAAGCAGAGGUUCCACCAGAGGCAGCUGAUGAACCAAAGCCAAAAUGAAGAGUUGCCUUCUCUUGCUCCUGUUGAAACAAGAGCACCCCUUACCCCUGAGUGCUCAAGCCCUGUUCAAGAUUUCCAGGAAAGCGAGCCUGUUCUCCAAAUCAAUUCUUGGGUUGGGAUAAGCAGUAACGAUGAUCAGUUCUAUGCUGUUAAGAAUAACUUCCCAGCCUCUGGACACACUACAAGAUACUCUCGGAAUGACCUGCACUUGGAAGACAUACAGACAGACGAGGACAAGCUGAACUGCAGUUUGCUCUCUUCAGAGUCCACUUUUAUGCCCGUUGCAUCAGGACUGUCUCCAGUAUCUCCCACUGUGGAGCUGAGGCUACAGGGCAUCAACUUGGGCCUAGAAGAUGAUGAUGACGAUACAGGUGAAGCUGUGCAAAAGCUAGAAAGCCAGGACUUGGACAAGGACAAGGAAAAACCUUUGUGGGAUACAGAUGAGAGUUCUGCUCAAGUGCUGAAAAGUAAGAUGAGUGCAGAAGUAAAGGAGAAAGCGGGGCUGUUUCCUUGUCCCAAGUCAGUGCUUAUCAAUGCUCUCUUGAAGGAAGAUAACCAUGGUCUUACAUCUUUUCCGGAGUCAGUUGGACAUAGCGUGUCCCAUGUAGAGCCAAACAGUGAAGAAACCAUGUCUUCCACCACUUCAGAGAAAUCUCCCUGCAGAAUUUUUACCGAGAGAUCUGUUGCUUUGGGACAAGAUAAAGUCACCCUUCAGAAACUGAAUGCAGCCGCCACUAAGCUUCAGGCCUGUUGGCGGGGCUUUUAUACCAGGAACUACAGUCCACAAGCCAAAAGAGUACGUUAUGAAAUCCGGCUGCGCAGAAUGCAGGAGCACAUUGUCUGCCUGACCGAUGAAGUAAGGAGAUUAAGAAAAGAAAGAGAUGAAGAGCGUGUGAAAGCUUCUGUACAAGAAGAAGCUGUCAGAUUCCUUUGGAACGAGGUGAGAUCCCUACAAGCUUGGCAACGGACGGUGGAGCAGCGUCUAACUUCCUGGCAUACCGAUGUACCUCCUAUAUCUAGUACUCUAGUGUCACCUAAAGCUCCAAUAUUUCCACAGCGUCAGGCCCUCGCUUCUGAUCAGAAUCCUGAUUGGCUCCUUGCUGAGGCUGAAGCGUCUCAAGAGAGAUCUGUUCCAGAAUUCCCAGACUCUGGUUUUCAUUCCUCCCUAACAGAACAAGUUCACUGUUUGAAGGAUUCUUUGGAUUUUGAAAAGAGUUCCAUAGAAAGCAGUGAAAGCUCCAUGUUGGGGAAUUCCUCGGACACAGUGAAAUACGGCGGAGACGCCAACUUAGAGGCCAUGAGUGGGGAGCACGCAGACUGUAGCAAGGAAAGCUCCAACAGCGAGCAGGACAACAGCCUGCUCGAACAGUAUUUAUCUUCAGUCCAGCAGCUGGACGAGGCCGAUGAGAGAACAGAUGCUGACGAUGUGGCAGGAGACAGUACGUGCCACGUAGCUGGUUCCCCCGAAGGGUUGGAUGCCUCCUCCGAGAUCGAGGCUCCUGGAGUAUCUCCCCCUUUACAGGAUGAGAUUAGCCAGACCCCAGAGAAUUGUAAGUUAAAUGCGGACGUUCAAGGGCAGCAGCCGGAAUGUGAUUCCGCAUUUCAGGUGUUGCAUGUGGGUGUCACUGUGUAGCCUGUCUGAUUUAACUGGGGAACAGAGAUUCACUUGGAUUUUCUCAGUGUUCUCAGUUGCUUCUUUUCUUUUGCAGGGGGGCAGUCUUUCUCCCAUUUUGUUAUUGUUUCUAUAAAACUUGUAUUUUGUUCCGUAUUUUUCAGAUUUGACAACUUGAGCUAAGUCUUCAUUUUGAUUGUACUAAUGUACUAAAAAUAUUGAUAUUAAAAGGCAUAUGCACUUU